AUGAAAGAAUUCAUUGAGUUUGCAUUCAACAAUGCUGCUAGGGAGGGGAAGAUCUUAUGUCCAUGUGUAAAGUGCACCAACCUCUUUUGGCGUGCUCAUAAAGAAGUGGUAGAUCAUCUUGUGUGUGAGGGAAUUAUGCUGAAUUACACCCGUUGGGUGUUCCAUGGGAAGGCAUCUUCUUCAUCGACUUUUGGCCCUGCAACUAGUACACAUGAUGAUAUGCCUCCACGUAAUGACAUGCAUGGAUUGUUGCAUGAUGUGUUUGGAAUAUCAGGUGUGGAUGACAUGCCAACUGAGUUGCCAUCACAGGAGCUAAUACAAGAGGAACUGAAUCCUGAAGCUGAAAGAUUCUUCAGGUUGUUGCAAGAUGCCGAACAAGCCUUGUACCUAGAAUGUAAGAAGUUCACGAAACUCUCUUUUGUUGUUCGAAUGUAUCAACUUAAGUGCUUAAAUGGAUGGAGCAACAAGUCAUUCACCAUGUUGCUUGAAUUGUUGAAAGAAGCACUCCCCGAGGGUGAGACGUUGCCGAGUUCCUUUUAUGAGACCAAGAAGAUUAUUAAAGAACUGGGCCUCAGUUAUAACAAGAUCGAUGCAUGCCCCAAUGAUUGUCAGUUGUAUUGGAAGACUAAUGUGAACGAUGAGUCAUGUGUUGUGUGCGGUAUAUCUAGAUGGAAAACGAUGGAACAUAAUUCUAAUGACGAUGAGGCAACAACUAUUCCCUCCAAAGUUAAGAAGAUUCCAGCAAAGACAUUGUGGCAUUUUCCAUUAAUACCAAGGUUACAAAGGUUAUUUAUGGAAGCACAAACAGCUAAAAACAUGAAAUGGCAUGACAAGGGACAAACCAAGGAUGAGUGCAUGAGACAUCCUGCUGAUUCUCCUGUAUGGAAAUCUUUUGACGAGCAACACCCAAAUUUUUCAUAUGAUAGUCGUAAUGUCAGGCUUGGGUUAGCAACUGAUGGAUUCAAUCCCUUCGGGAUGAUGAGUAUUGCUCAUAUCACAUGGCCUGUUGUUUUGAUGCCGUACAAUUUACCACCGUGGAUGUGCAUGAAGCAGCCUUACAUCAUGAUGUCUCUACUUAUGCCAGGCCGGCAUGGUGUUGGCAAUAAUAUCGAUGUGUAUCUACAACCGUUGAUAGAAGAAUUGCUUAAAUUGUGGGAGGUCGGUGUCGACACUUACGAUCCAUCAUCGAAGUUGAAUUUUCGAAUGUGUGCUGCUUUGUUAUGGACUAUUAGUGACUUUCCUGGAUAUGCAAUGUUGUCAGGAUGGAACACAAAAGGUAAGCUCGCUUGUCCUAACUGCAAUAAGGACACAGAGUCCCAGUGGUUGACACAUAGCCAUAAGUUUUGUUACAUGGGUCAUCGUCGAUUCUUGGAUAGAGAUCAUAGGUAUAGACAUGAUAAAAGGAACUUUAAUGGAAAGCUGGAGUUGAGAGAGAUGUCGAAACAACUAUUUGGAAAUGAAGUGUUAGCUCAAGUGAGCAAAAUUAACAUAAUAUUUGGAAAGAAGUCUGAUACCAAAGUUAGAAAGAAGAGAAAUCGAGACAAUAAUAAGGAAAAGGGAAAGGCAUCUUGUUGGAAGAAGAGAAGUAUUUUCUUCGAUUUACUAUACUGGGCAGGUAAUAUGUUGCGUCACAGUCUUGAUGUGAUGCACAUCGAGAAGAAUGUAUGCGACAAUGUUCUUGGGACGUUGUUGAACAUCGACGGGAAGACAAAGGACAAUGUGAAGUCUCGUCUGGACCUCCAAAAAAUAAAGAUAAGACGAACACUUCACCCAAAGCAGAGACCAUCAGGCAAAACAUAUUUGCCCCCUGCAUGCUUUAUAAUGGCGAAUAAGGAGAAUGAUGAUUUCUGCAGAGUCAUAAAGAACAUGAAGGCACCUGAUGGCUAUGCGAGUAAUAUCUCACGAUGUACCAAUCUCAAAAUGAAGAAGAUUUUAGGACUCAAGAGCCAUGACACUCAUGUUUUGAUGCAACAAAUACUUUCGAUCGCCGUGCGAAGGACAUUACCUCCAAACGUAAGCUCAAUCCUAAUUGAAUUAAGCGGAUUCUUUAGAGAUUUGUGUUCCAAGGUUGGCCGGAUGCAGGAUUUCAAGUUUCUUGAAUCUCAGAUUGCUUUAACACUUUGCCAUUUAGAGAGGAUCUUUCCACCGUCAUUCUUUGAUAUCAUGGUGCAUUUGCCUAUACACUUAGCCAGCGAGGCAAUGUUAGCCGGGCCAGUACAGUACCGCUGGAUGUACCCAAUUGAAAGGUUUCAUACAAGAGAUCAUGAGAGAGACUUGAAAACACAGAAUAGUGGAGUUAUAGUGAUGGCAAAUGCAUCAAGCUUCGCAAGUACAAGUGAUAGAAACCCUGUUAUAGGGGAUGUGGAUUACUAUGAUGUUUUAAUAGACAUUAUUGAGUUGGAUUAUUGUGGGUCCAAGAAAGUUGUAUUAUUUAGGUGUGAUUGGGUGGAUGUAAGAACUCAAGGCAGGGGAAUCAAGAAGGAUGAAUUUGGGUUCACGCUCGUGAAUUUCAAACAAUUAUGGCAUACUGGUCGGAACCUGUAUGAUGAACCAUAUGUCUUAGUAACCCAAGUACAACAGGUAUUCUAUGUCCCCGAUCCUAUUGAUCGUGAUUGGCAUGUUGUUAUCAGGUCAAAGCCAAGGGAUUUGUUUGAAAUGGGCAUGAAUGAUUCGUUUGUUGAUAAUGAUACAUACCUUCAGAGCUUGCCUUGCAUUAAUCAUACAUUGGAAGCGACUAUGCUUGCCAAUAAUGAUAAUGUCAGCUAUUGA